GGGAACAGGGGCUCCUACCCACGCAAGUAGAGCCUUAAGCAGUACAGUUUGUCAGCUUGACAGAGGGGACACCGCUGCUUGUUUCAAGGUAAAGACAGAAACUCAACCCUAAAUACAUAUGUUGUUAUUUUCAAGUAUAACUACAUUCAUAGUAGACAGAGAGACACACAGGCUGUCUGUAUAGAGAAGGUGCUGUAUCUUUAUAUACUAAAGGGAUUGCAUAAAUCAAGUUUGUAGUCUUUGGUGGCCUCGGUUAAAGAUUGUUUUCUAGUCAGAUGCAAUUAUUUUGCUCUUCUUUAGCUGCUUCCUUCACAGCAUGUUUCUGUCUGUUGUUUAGCCAGAGGCUACAGGACAUGUGACUCUCACUGCUGCUGCUGCUGCUGCCGCUGCUACUACUGUGCUUACUCAGCCCACUCUGAAGUGCUCAUUAUUCCACUGUGCUAUACAUGAAUCACACUGGGGGUCAGGUUGCCCUGCAUCUAGAUAUUUUUGGUCCUGUCAUAGUGAUUUUAUGUGAAUGUAAGGCCGCGCUCUUUAGAUGUGUCCCUGCUUCCAUACAAUGAUGACACCUAAAAAUGACACUGUGUUUAACACACAUGUGUCACAUCCUAUAGGUGUACUGCAGUCAUCGGGCAGGUCACUGGUUUUUGAGGAAUACAUUAAAAUACUCUCUAAAGUUAAACUAGUCAGGGUGAUUCAUAUAGUAGGGAUUAAAAUUGCGGGUCUGAGUUUGUUCAAAGUAGAGCUGUUUGGUGCCAAGACAUGCUCGAUUUCUUUCAGCUGAAUGUUUUGGAGGUGUUGGAGACUUAAUUUAAGCUGACAACUGUGAUGGGUGGUGCCAACAUGAUAAUCCCAGAGACAAAUCCAAAAGCUACACUUUUCAUGUGGAAACUCAAGUCCCUCUGUAAAGUAACACAACAUAGUUUGAAUCUGUAAAGAAAAAAAAAACAUGUCUUCAAGAUAAAUCCCCAAAUGUUCAAAAAAGUCUCGCUUGCCUGCUAAACAGCAUUUCACAGACACAUGGAAGAGAAGGAGCAGCCCACUGGAGGGCCUUAUUUUGUCGGGAAGAAAGAUGAACUCAUCCAAGCAAAGCGCUCUUUCAGAACAAUAGAAGGUCGGGAUAUACUGAUCAUCCACCACCAAGGGGUCUUUUACGCUCUGGAUUCUUACUGUUACCGUAAGUACCGGCCCUCAAAUGAGCUGUUACCUACAACUUCAGAUCUGAUAACUCAUGAGAAGUAUCAGGUGGAUUGAGGGUAUGUGUUAACAAAUGCUCACUUUCAGUGAACCACUUGAGAAUAAACUGCUUACAUAAAGAAAUCCUGUCAUAGGAUAAGUUUUAGAGGACUUACUUUGUUAUCCAAAGGACAUUUUAGCACAUAUCUCCUCCAAAUUGCCCAGUCAGCAAAAGGUUAGUGUGCUGUAAUCAGUGUGCUUAUUCUGCAAUACACUGAUCCUCUUUCCUUCUCAACAGAUGCUGGAGGGGAGCUGCAGCAUGGAGACAUUGAGGUAAGUUUUGACUUAAGAGAUUAAUGUUUUUUUUGAGUGACUUGGAGGAAAGAUGCCAAAGUGACAUUCAAGGGGAAAAAAAUGGAUUGUGUUUUUGUUGUUAUGUUACACUAAAAUACUCAAAAGCAAAUCCUCCAAGGCUUUUGUAAUAGAGAAAUCCACUCUGCAUAAAAUUAGUGUUUCAUUAUGCUAAUGUGAAAUGGCCUAAAUGCCCUACAAUUACCACACAUAAGGUUUCUGACCUGUUUUUUUCACACACUCGCAGGACUUGAAUGGCAAGCUGUGCAUAAUUUGUCCGAAACACAAAUACAAGAUCACUCUGGCUGAGGGGGAGGGCAUAUACAAGGCAACAAACCCCAGGGAGAAACCACCUGUGCCCAGAUGGCUCUCCAAAGGUGUGAAGCAGCGGACACAUACUGUCUCCGAAAACAACAAUGGGGAUGUCUAUGUCAAGCUCUCUGACGUAGCAGGCUGGAUAGAGUCCGACUACUACCAGGGAGAGAAGGGCAAGGAAGCGAGGGAAAGAGCUGCAGCGGACGAUGAGAAGAAAUCCUGAAGUCUUGUCACAAAUAGACGAGGAUGGCGUCUGGAUAGUCUUGUCUUGUUUCCCCUGAUCCCCUCCUCUAUGACGACUGAGUUAGGAGAGAUUUUUUGACAACAUGCAGAUUGUUUUGUACCAUAAAUAAUCAUUCUUCUGAAAUUUGUAAAACUUUUUAGAGUAUUGAAUUGCUUCGAGUCUUUACUUGAUGUUAAAAUGCAUUACUAAUAACCCUGGCAUCUCUAAAUUAUCAUGUUGUUCACUAAAUAAACUUUUGCAUCCAUUAA